AUCAUUUCUGAUUGGAACACAAUGCCAACCUACAAGAUCAGGGGGAUCGAUGUUGAUUUCCCUUUCGAGGCAUACGAUUGCCAGUUAGUUUAUAUGGAGAAAGUAAUCCAGUCGUUACAGGAUAAAUGCAAUGCAUUAUUGGAGAGUCCUACUGGAACAGGAAAGACUCUGUGUCUUCUAUGUGCUACAUUGGCUUGGAGGAAGAGUUUGGGUCCUUUCUCAACUGGAAAAAAUGUGAGGAAAGUUCAGAAUAUGGAAGACAAGCACUUAACUGUAUCACAAUCGCAAUCUGGAACUGGAAAUCUCCCUACUAUAGUAUACACUUCACGCACCCACAGCCAGCUCCAGCAAGUAAUUCAAGAGUUAAAAAGAACCAGUUACAGGCCGAAAAUGGUGGUAUUAGGUUCUCGGGAGCAAUUGUGCAUUCAUGAUGAAGUGCGCAUUCUUCGUGGGAGAGCACAAACCAAUGCUUGCCAUUCCCUUUGUAGGGGCCGCAAAAAGCGCUGCACCCAUUAUACUCGUGUAGCAGAUUAUGUGAAGCGUCACCCUAAUCUUGGAGAUGACCCUAUUGACAUAGAGGAUCUGGUCAAUAUUGGGCGAACAGAUGGGGCGUGCCCUUAUUAUACUUCUAGAGAGCUCCACAAGAUUGUUGAUAUUUUAUUUGCUCCUUACAACUAUCUUAUAGAUCGUAAGAACUGUAAAACUCUUAGCCUUCAGUGGCAUAACAGUGUACUCAUAUUUGAUGAAGCUCACAACUUGGAAAGCAUAUGUGCAGAUGCAGCAUCCUUUGACAUACCAUCUGGCCUUCUGUCUGCUUGCAUUUCUGAAGCACAAAAAUGCGUUGACCUUUCUAUUGCAAAGAAGGCAAUUGAACAAUCAAAUGAUAAAGCACUUAAUCCAGAUAAUUUUGCUAUUCUUAAAGCCCUUCUGCUGAAGCUUGAGAAGCGAAUUGCUGAAGUACCAAUUGAAUCCAAGGAGUUGGGUUUUACUCGACCGGGGUCGUACGUCUAUGAAUUGCUUGCUGAUCUCAAUAUCAAAUAUGAAACUGCUAGUAUGCUAAUUGAUACAAUUGAAGUAGCUGCAUCGCUUCUUGAGGAAGAUGGCGGGCCACAAAAGGCAAAUGGCACUGUAUGCAGGCUUGAAAGCAUGGGUGAUAUUCUUUACACAAUCUUUAGAGAUGGUAGUAAAGAUCAUGCCAAAUUCUAUCAGGUUCAUGUGCAAGAAGUAGAAGUGAAUACUACAGAUGUGUUUAUAGGCAAGGCAUCAAGGAUUUUCAGCUGGUGGUGUUUCAACCCAGGAAUGGCAAUGGAGAGAUUCUCCAAGCUGGGUGUUGGUUCUAUCAUUUUGACAUCUGGCACAUUAUCUCCACUUGAUUCAUUUGCACAGGAGUUGAAGAUAGAAUUUCCUGUUCAGUUGGAGAAUCCUCAUGUUAUAUCUUCAAAUCAAAUCUGGGCUGGAGUAGUAUCUAAUGGUCCAUCUGGUUGCUCUUUCAACUCCUCUUAUCGAAAUCGUGAUUCUCUAGACUACAAACAAGAUCUUGGGAAUGCUAUUGUAAAUUUUGCUCGAAUUGUACCUGAUGGACUGCUCGUUUUCUUUCCAUCAUACUAUCUUUUGGACCAAUUUAUUGGGUGUUGGAAGACCAUGGGUCAUACAAACUCCACAAAUUCGAGCACAAUCUGGGAAAGGAUCUGCAGACACAAGCAACCUGUUGUAGAACCUAGGCAAUCUUCGCUUUUCCCUUCUGCAAUCGAAGACUUUAUGACUAAGUUGAAGGACACAUCUACUUCUGGUGCAGUAUUUUUUGCUGUUUGCCGAGGCAAGGUAAGUGAAGGAUUAGAUUUUGCCGAUCAUGCUGGGAGAGCCGUUGUGAUCACUGGUAUACCAUUUGCCAUGAGGACUGAUCCGAAGAUUCGUUUGAAACGUGAGUACUUGGAUCAACAGGCUCAAUCACAAAUGAAAAAGUUUAAGGUUUUGACUGGAGAGGAAUGGUACAGACAACAGGCAUCUCGGGCUGUGAAUCAGGCUGUUGGACGCGUCAUUCGUCACAGCAAUGAUUAUGGAGCAAUUAUCUUAUGUGAUGAAAGGUUCAUGCAACCAGGUCGACAGGGCGAAAUGUCACUUUGGAUUCGGCCAUAUAUCAAGUGUUAUCCUAAUUUUGGUGACGUAGUCUUUACGCUGACUCGGUUUUUCAGAAAUGGAGGGAAACUUGAUCUGAAAAAGUCAAACAUAGGCAUUAGGGAUGCGAAAGGGGUGAAGGUCAUUCAGCCUCAGGACAAAUUCUUAUGGGAUAAGUCUUGUAUUGAUUUGAUAACUUCAGUAGAUGGAUGUUGCUCGGAACAGCCAUUAUCCUCUGUACUUGCUGCCAGUAGAGGCAGCACCAGCAGCCAGUUGGGAGAAAUUCUUCCUGCUAACCGUUCAACUCUUACUCCUUGCAAGAAAACUCAUCCUUUAGCCUUAGAAUAUUCAGGAGUUCUUUCUUGUGGUGAAAAAAAAUUGUGGACUUCCAAGCGAAAAGAUCAACACUAUCACAACUGUGGAGUAAUUGAUUUGACCAUUGAUUCCCAGUUGGAUGAAAAGCCUAGCACAGCAGAACUGGUGGCAUCUUGUUCUUCAAAGAAGCCUAAAAUAUUGGAAACAGAUUCUGGUGUAACUCAAUAUUCUGAAAAUUCUCUUUUCCGUGAGCAUUUAUAUGAUGUCAAGACAGCACAAUCAAAUCACACUUCCAUAAAAUUAGAGAAACAUAGGAAACUGUCACAGCCUUCUGCAGGUGAACCAGCAGAAAUUGUUACUUAUGAAAGUAGUAAAAACAUGGAACAUGCCCAAGUUUGUUCUGUAGAGAUAACUGAUGAUGACACUGAUGAUGACAUGACGACUCAGAAGGUUGCUAAGUCUUCUCCUGACAGACAAAAGGAUGUUCACUCUAGCACUGUGUCUUGUGUUGAUGAAGAAAAGAAAGGAUCUGAUUUUCUAAUUCAGGUUCAAGAAAAUCUUUCAGCAGUAGAAUAUAAAGAAUUUGUGGGUUUUAUGAAGGCUUUGAAGUCCAAAACAAUGAAGAUUAAUCAUGUGCUGCAAUCUAUUGCAAGCUUAUUUUCUGCUCCGGGGAGGUUUCUUCUUCUUAAAAGAUUCAAGGAUUAUAUCCCUGAGAAGUAUCGGCCUAUUUAUGAGCAGCAUCUUAGAAUUCACGAGGCAGCUAACCAAUGAUCUUAAUUCAUCUGACUUGGAUAGCUUGGUGUUAGGAAUUUCUUGGCAAAGCUGAAGAAAGACUUGAUUCAGGUAUGUACUGUAUUGUGCAGUUAAUUACUGAUAUGUUCAUAUAAUUUUGCUUAUAUUUUGUUGUUUGACUUAAAGGGAAGAGCCAGGAUGA